CGCGUUCCCGGACCCGCCGGGGGCGUCUAUUAAAAGCCCGGCCUCCCUCCCCCCGCGGCUCCCGCCGACUCUACAACGGUCCGGCCCGCCGGACCUGCCCCCCUUCUCCCCGACGGGCACGACGGGCGCCGGCUCCCCCCGCCACUCCGGACCCCCCAGCCCGCUUCCCAACCUUUGGGCCGGCGGGGCAGGCGCGGACGAUGAAGGCGAGACGUCCCGAGAUGGUGCGGGCGCUGCUGGCCGUGGCCGUCCUGGUGGAGAUCUUCCAGGUGCGGGCGUCGCCGUGGGGCCCGGACGCGUUUGACGACCAGUACCUGAAGUGCGCCGAACGCAUGGAGACCAAAUUCGCCCCGCCGCUGCUGGACGAGGAGCGGGCCGCUCACCCGGCCUUCGGGGCGGCCUGGGAGGCGGCGGCCGCCCGCUGGGAGGCCCGCAAGGCCCGGCUGACCCUGCCCGAGGGCUUCGGGGACAACCACGGCAUCGCGGCCCUGGCGUUCGUCCACCAGGCCCGCCUGGGGACGCCCCUGGCCGAGGAGUUCGCGGCGGCCGUGGGCCGGGCCGGCCGCUCCCGGGACGACUACAUCUACGGCUUCCCCUUCAAGGCCUUCCAUUUCUACCUGACCCGGGCCCUGCAGCUGCUGCGGCCCGAGUGCGAGAAGACCUACAGGCGCCGGGUCUUCGUGGCCGGCGCGGACCCCUUCCCCGGCGGCUGGGGCCCGGAGCCCGUCCGCCUGGGCCUCUUCGCCGCGGCCUCGUCCAGCGGGCCGGGGGCCGGAGGGACCCCCGGGGGCGCGGUCUUCGCCGUCCACACGUGCUUCGGCGUGCCCGCGGAGGUGUUCUCGGACGCGGAGGGCGACCGCGGCCUCAUCGUCCCGGGCACGGAAGUGUUCCGGGUCAGCCACGUCGGGACGGACGGGGCCCGACGCCGGGCGGUCUUGCACAGCACCAACCGGACCUGCAGCCGCUACGACUGCGCUUAUCUCGGAGGGUUGAAAGCUGAGACGUGUGUGGACAACACAGACCGGCUGAAGCCCAGUUUCACCUCCCACCCACGAGUGAAAAUGGAGGAGCGGGAAAGAGAGGAUCCGGGAACGGAGAUCCGGGAGCCCCCAGCAGAGACAGAAGCUCCAAGCAAGCCUCGGGACAAAAGCGGGAGCCCAAACCCCCGGCUCGUCUUGCCUCAGGCCCCCCUACCCACCACCCCGGGCCCCUCAGAACGGGCCGCCGGGCCUGGCCACCCUCCAGCCGGGCAAGGAGAGAAAAGCCGCGAACACGUGGAAAAGCCGGCUCCCAACAGCCACCCUUCCUCCUCGUCCUCCUCCUCGUCGUCCGGCGAGAGGCGGCUCCCGGCCCUCGGGGCGUUGGCGGUCCCGCUGGGCAUCUCCGUCCUGAAGCUCUUUGCCCGUCUCUAGCCGCCGCCGGGCGAGGCGACUCCCCGCUCGGGGCCGACUCUGCCCGGUAAGCGCGGGAGGGCCCGGGACGGGCCUCGACCAAUCCCCGCCGUUACUCCGUCACCACGUCGGUUCGCCGCCCCCCGCGCGAGAAAGCGCGCCAGCCCGCCUUGCCGUCCCCGGAGGCGGCCGGGAUCCCCGUCCGUUUCCGUCCCCGGUUUCGCCGCCAGAGCCACGGCGAGGGCGGCGUAGGCCGUGUUUCGGGACGCCGCCAUUAAAGAUUUGAAGAAGCCA